AGUGAGCCUACCGAAAGGUGGUGUUGACCGACCGCAGCAGGUUUUCUCCGAGAAACCUGAAUAAUUUCAACCUUCUGAGGCGACUGACAGUAACGUCAAGCUCUUAGUUUGUAACCGAAGAGCCAGCGGUGCCGAAGUUGAGGCUACAGGACAGAGGGAAGAAAGUAAAUCCCGGAGGGAAAGCGUCCGAACAGCAAUCCGGCUCAGGCGGGAGAAAGGCGACUAACGGAACAUCAGGGCCCGGCGGUAUGUCUUCCCCAGUCAGCGGCGGCCGGACACCGGCUGGAAGGAAUCGGUCUUCUGCAAAGCCGUCGUUUCAGUCCUCUCCUGUGUUUGAGGGCGUGUACAACAAUGCCAGAAUGCUUCACUUCCUCACAGCUGUAGUGGGGUCCACCUGUGAAUUGAGUGUGAAGAGUGGCAGUGUGUUCGAAGGCAUAUUUAGGACCCUCAGUUCCCGGUGUGAGCUGGCUGUGGAUGCUGUACACAAACACAACGAGGAAGAGGGCUCAACAUCUGGACCGCCACGUCGGGAGGACAUUACAGACACCAUGAUCUUCAGCCCAUCAGAUCUGGUUACAAUGAUCUGCAGAGACGUUGACCUCAACUUUGCUACCAGAGACACCUUCACAGACACAGCCAUCAGCUCCAGUCGCAUUAACGGAGAACACAAGGAGAAGGUUUUACAGAAAUGGGAGGGAGGAGACAGCAACGGAGAGAGUUUUGAUCUCGAGAAUGAUGCAUCUAAUGGCUGGGAUGCCAACGAUAUGUUCCGUUACAAUGAAGUCAAAUAUGGAGUCACAUCUACAUAUGACUCCAGUCUCUCCAUGUAUACUGUUCCCUUGGAGAGGGGCAACUCUGAGGUGUAUCGACAGAGGGAGGCCCGUGCCGCUCGCCUGGCGAGUGAGAUUGAAUCCAGCCCCCAGUAUCGCCAUCGCGUCGGCCUCGAAAACGAUGAGGGCAAAUCCGAGGAGGAGAAGUACAGCUCUGUGGUGCGGGACGGCAGCGAUCGCGAGAAGGGUCGCGAGAGCCCCCGUGACAGAGGGAGUGAAAAAGGCAGAGACAGUCCUGGAGCAAGCAGCAGGGAGGGAAAGUACAUUCCACUACCUCAACGUCAGAGGGAGAUGAACCGGGAGCGAGCCGAGAGAGGUCCUGGUGGGCCUCCACCACACAGUCGACUCGGUGGAGGUUACCGAUCCAAUCCGUCAUCCUCCUUAUCUUCGCCAAGACCCCCCCUUCCCUCUGCUGCCGGACCCCAGCCUGGAGUGACUCCCUCAGGGAGAAGCAGUCCUCUGUCAAGUCGAGGCGGGGCCUACACCCCCCACCAUCCACAGGGCAGUCCGAGCCCAGGUUCUGGUACUGCGAGCCCGUACACACCUGCCUCUCCUGGUGGAUCAGCAGCCACCCCAGCCUCUGCUUCAGCUGCCACAUCUCCAUCCAGCCCCCCUGCCCCUCAUGGACAUGCUGUUCCUCAUUCCCACUCACUCCCACUUUCUCUGUCUGAUGCUAGCAGACCUGUUAAUGGAGUUUCUGCUAGAACAUCUCCUAAAACCCAAAGACCUCCACAGUCAAGUCGGACAAACCGUGGUCCAAACACACAUCCUCAGUCCACAGCCACACGUUCUCCUAAAUCAGGCUCUGCCCAGGACACGCCUUACUUAGACACUUCGUCCGUUUCUCUGUCUGCCCAGAAGACGUCAGGCCCCGCCCCUCUCUUCCCUGUAGAUGUGAAUGAGAUCCUCGGUGCAGCUGCUAAAGAACGCUCAGCUGAAAGCCCUGGCAGCACAGAGGACGGCAAAAGCAGUAAAGCUCCUUCGGUUCAGCAAAGGUCACAAAUUGAAGAGCUGCGGAAAUUUGGCAAAGAAUUCAGGCUCCAGUCAUGUGGAGUCGGUUCCAGCUCUCCAGCAGCAGCAACGCCUCCAUCAGUCAGUGAGGUGUCCCAGCCUGGUUCAGCCAAGCCUCCAUCAGAUGCCCACCCUCCCUCAGAGCCUAAACCUCAGCCUCCAGCUCCCGGUCCUUCCCUGAGCCAACCUCAGCAUUCACCAGCUCUCUCUGAAGAGCCCACUAAGGACACCACAACCCCACUGGGUACUGCAGCUGCUACUACCGUAGCUCCAAUUCCAGACCGGCAAUCACCAGCAACCCCUCAGCCAGCCAGGACCCCUGGAGCAGAGGAUGUUAGGUCGGAGUCAGCAGAGCGCACCGAUGGUGUGGCAGACCAAGUGAAGAAAUCAACUUUAAAUCCAAAUGCUAAAGAGUUCAACCCAACCAAAACUCAGAUGCCCAUGACAAAACCCAGCACUGCACCAACCCCACCUCGUCCAACUCCUCCAAGCCCGGUGGUCCUGCAGCACCCGGGGGGACAGGGGCCGCUCUACAAUGCUCCCUACCUCUCCUACGUUUCACAGCUCCACCCUGUCCAGGCUCCCACAAUGUACCAGUACACCAUGUCCACAGUUAACCAAGGAAAAUACCCCAGGGGCAAAGUGCCUACACGACCUGAGACGUCACAAAUGCUGCAAGCUGCUGCAUCAGCAGCUGGAGCCCCUCUGGUGGCGUCCCCCUACCCUCAGUCCUACCUUCCGUACAACCCACAGCAGUACAGCCAGCAGCAGGUCAUCCAGGCCAUGACACCCUACCCUGGACAGCCUAUGUACUCCAUGCUGCAGGGUGGCGCGAGGAUGAUAGGUCAAGGUAGUGGUCCCCAUCCCCAAGCCCUCGGACCACCCGGAGGACCUCAGUUCUCUGCGCAGGGAGACGGGCCUCAGGGACCGCAGCAGGGCAUCUAUGCUCCACAGUCAUUCACCCAUCACUCGGGUGCAGUUCAUCAGCCGCAGCCUUCCAGCACCCCGACAGGCAACCAGCCUCCCCCUCAGCAUGCUGCGCCCAGCCCCGGACAGAACGCCCAGUCAGGCCCACAGCCUCAGUCCUUGUACCACUCAGGUCCGCUGUCGGCUCCCACGCCACCCAACAUGGCUCCGGGUCACACAUCCCCACAGGGCUCUUACCCCAUUCAGGGCUACAGCAUCCACAGCCACCAGGGCCUUUCACCAGCCUACCCGCUGGGGCAGUUGGCACAGGCCCAUGUUCAAGGAGCAAUGCCAGGUCCUCACCACUCAGGCAGCCACGGCCAGCCCCAGUUAGUAAUGUUGCAGACUCCUCAGCAGGGUCCCGGUGGAGUGCCCCAGCACCCUCCACAUGGACCGCAGCAAGGGCCACACCAGCACUUUUACAUAGGACACCCACAAGCGAUGCAGGUACAAACACACCCUGCAACCUUCCAUCCACCUGGAAACUAAUCCCCGUCCUCCCUUCCUCCAUGACGCCCUGAACUCUCCACCCUCCCCCUUCCUGCUGGACAUGCAGUCCAGGACAGAGCGACUCAGAACUGACAGAAUCACAGAGGGAAGACAAAAAUUCUCAGAGCACCUUACUGUUCUGCUGCCACGUUGUUCUUCAGUGAGAACCUAAACCCCAGUCGAGGACAGUUUUAUUAAUGGUGAUGAAAAUGAGGACAGCAGCAGCGUCCUCCUCUCUACCUUAUUCCCCUGAGAGAAUCAGAAACAGAUGGGGGUGGGGGGAAGAGCGCGCAGCAGACCCAAUCUCUUCCAGAAAUGUUUUUAAAGCCUUGUGAGGUUUUGUAUUUACAACAGAAACGUGAAAACAGACUGACGACGACAGAGGAGGAAGGUGAAGACUUAAGGGGACUUUUAGCAAAAAAUUUUUUAAACUCGAUCUAGUUAGUAGUGAAAAUCUGCCCCUUUGCCCUUCUCUCCUGUAGAAAAAUAUAAUUAAUAAAAAAAAUGGACAAGACAAAAAAAAUUUAAAAACAACGACUAAAAAAUAAAGUUCUCUACUCAACUACAA